CUUCCUAACUUACGCCAUCUUGUAAUUCUAACAUGUUGAUUCGUUCACGAAGAUGAUUUUCUUAGAGCAAAUAAUUAAUUUAUGUAGUGUAGUGCAUUAAUUUAUUUAGCAAUAACAAAGAAAACGACAAAAUGGAUACGUCGGAAGUAAAAUCGUUCAACGCGGAGUUAUCCGGGUUGUACGAAAACAAGCCGCCUAUAUCAAAGGCGAAGAUGAGUGCUAUCACUCGAGGUGCUAUAAAGGCCAUAAAGUUCUACAAGCACGUAGUCCACAGUGUCGAGAAGUUUAUUCAAAAGUGCAAGCCCGAAUAUAAAGUGCCUGGUUUGUACGUGAUAGACUCGAUUGUGAGGCAGUCUCGACAUCAGUUUGGUCAGGAGAAGGACGUGUUCGCCCCAAGGUUCGCUAAGAACAUGCAGCAAACCUUCGCGAACCUUUUCCGAUGUCCUGAUGGUGAUAAGCGCAACAUUAUCAGAGUAUUAAACUUGUGGCAAAAGAACAGCGUGUUCAGUCCAGAGGUUAUACAACCCCUGUUGGAUAUGGCUGAUCCAAACCACCCCCUUCAUCAGGAAAUUCAACAACAACAAAACACUGCCAAUGGAAGUAGCCUAAAUAUGUCCCACAACACAUCGGAUAGGAUUUCACCCAUGCCACGCCAGGAUUCUCCUCACAAUUCUUCACCCAUGAUGGGCGAUUCGUUCCAGGAUGACUCAUCAGGUCCUCAGCCAGCCAAGUUUAAUCGCAAACUGCUCAACGACUUUGAGUACGAGAGCGAAGACGACGCUGCGCCCGAACCUCACAACAGUGGGGGACACCACUCUGGUCACAGCUCUAACAAUACUACUGAUGCGCUUGGCAGUAUAUUAACAAAUCCAGAAAUAAUGCGGCAAUUGCAGAGUCUCCAGGCACAAAUGCAACUUAUGACUGGAAUGAACCUACCUAACUUGAUGCAUCUUCAACAAAUGUCUGAUAUGCAGUUACAACAGCAGAACCAAAAUCAAAAUUUACCAUUCUUAAAUUCUCAACAGGAACCACCAAAGCAACAAAAUGAACCAAAAGAUGAUAUGGCCAAUGAAUCUGACAUUGAGUUUGUUGAGACCGGCCCACAAGUUAUUGAGAUACCUGAUGCCAAUGACUCUAGAAGUCCGUCCCCAAAAUCCAGAAGGCACAGGUCGAGGUCGAAAUCGCCUCGACGGAGACGAAGAGGUUCGCGUUCCCGAUCCAGGUCUCCGAGGAGACGGCGUGAUAGAGACAGAGACAGAGACAAAGACCGGGACAGAGAUCGGGAAAAAAGCUACAAGGAUCGCGAAGCGGAGAAAGAGAAGCAGAGAGAGAGGGAAAAGAAAGGACUUCCUCCUAUUAAAAAAGAAAAUCUUAGUGUGUGCAGCACCACGCUGUGGGUGGGCCACCUGUCCAAGCUGGCCACGCCGGAGGAGCUGUCGGACCUGUUCGGCGCGCUGGGCGGCGUGGUGGCCAUCGACGUGGUGGCGCCGCGCGGCUGUGCCUUCGUGGUCAUGGAGCGGCGCCGCGACGCCGCCAAGGCGCUGGCCAAGCUCAACAAGCACAAGCUGCACUCGAAGGAAAUCACCGUGGCGUGGGCGGCGGGAAAGGGGGUAAAGGGGCGAGAGUGGAAGGACUACUGGGAGGCGGACCUGGGCGUCGCCUACUUGCCGUGGCCGGCGCUGCACGCUCGCUGGCUCCUGGGCGCCUUGUCGUUGGACGCGUUGGAGGAUGGCGGUGCGGUGGACGAGGAGACGUUGCCACCAUGGCUACCACCUAGAAUAAUACCCAAAGCGUUACCAGAAGGCAUGCCCAUGAUGCCGGGAAUGCCACCGGUGUCGGCCGCGGGCAUGAUCGGGGGCCCCCUACCCGGAAUGCCGGGGGGCAUGCCGCCUGGCUUACCGCCUGGUGGCAUACCAAUGCCAGGAGGUUUACCCGUACCUCCAUCGAGUAUACCCAUGCCUGUGCCUAGGAUGCCACCACCACCUGUCAUGCCGGGCGGUAUGCCUCCGGCUCUGGCGGCGGGCGUUCCACCGAUUAGAACACCGGUGCCAGGUCUGCAAAGAGAUGCGACGAUGCCACCCACGGGCCCAAUGCUGGGCUUUCCACCUGGCAUGCCUCCACAGUCACUAACACAGCCAGGUAGCGUGCCCGGAAUGGUAGGCGGAUUCCUGAGCGGUCUGAUGGGCGUGGGCGUGGGGAUGAACGUGGGCGGCCUCGUGCUGCCACUGCACGCGCCUCACCCGCUGGCGCAGCAACCCACCAGGCCGCCACAACACGCUAUGCCGGGUCGCGGCGAUGCCGACGACGCCAUGGAGCUUGACUCAUCGGACCACGGCGACGAGCCCGCCGCCGCGCCCGCCAUGCCGCCUAUGACCGCGCCGCCCGUCGCGCCCACGCUGUGCAUGGACCAGAUCCAAGCGUUACUCUCAAAACCGCCACCCGCAUUCAACUCAUCGGAACCCCCACCUGGGUUCAACCCGCAAGACUCUCAACCAACCUUCGACUCAACCCAACCUCCUCCCGAUGACAAGCGAGACGAAGAUAGGAGAGACAGGGAAAAAGAUAGGAGAGACCGCGACAGAGAUAGAGACCGCGACCGAGACAGGAGAGACAGAGAAAGGCGGGACAACCGAGAUCGCGGCGAUAAUCGAGAUCGAAACGAAAAUCGGGAACGAGGAGACAGUAGAGACAGUAGAGAUCAAAGAGACAAUAGGGAUCAAAGGGAUAAUCGUGAUCGGGGAGAUGUUCGAGAUCGCGGAGAGAUUCGGGAUCGCGGAGAUGUUCGAGAUCGGGCAGAAGUUCGAGAGCGCGGGGAUAUUCGAGAUCGGGCGGAAGUUAGAGAUCGCGGAGAAGUUCGAGAUCGAGGAGAGGUUCGAGAUCGGGGGGAAGCACGUGACCGAGGAGAAAAUCGGGAGCGGGAUAGAAGGGACCGCAAUGACAGAAAUCGGGAUAGAGACAGGGAAAAGGACGAUCGAAGAGGCGGUAGGGAAGACCGAGAGCGCGGUGAACGUGGAGACAGGAGCGACCGAAGUGACCGCAGCGACAGACCAGACCGCGGCGACCGAGGUGACCGAUCGGACCGUAGUGCUGGUCGUGACCGGAGGGAUCGAGACGGCGCCCCGAGGUUUAGCUCUAGGGACAGCAAUCGAGAAAGAAGCCGCGACAAGUCACCGCGCAACGCAACAAACGACUCCAAUCCAGAGAAAAGUCUACAAGAGCGGCUGUGGGAGAUGGCCAACGGUAAAGCCGGGGACGACGUGAGAAAUGACGACUUGCCCGGCGACGGUGACUCCCGGGACAGUCGCGAACGACCUCCGUUGCUGGACCUGCCACCCCCCGUCGACGAGGGUGAUAGGAAUAGCAAUAACGAAGGUGGCGAGGAAGGUGGUGGAGGAUGGACAGCUAUUCCGCCCCCGCGCGCCCUCCAACCGCCCGCCUUCAGAGCUGAAUUAAGAAUGAGAGGUCCGCUCGCUAGUCAUCCAAUGAGAGGGCCGUGGAUGGAUAUGCCGACGCCCUUUGGGCCCAGGUUCAACGGAAUGGGCCCUCCGCCUUUUAACAGGCCACCGUUUGAGAGACCUCCCUUUGAAGGAGGCCCACCGAUGUUUGAUAGGCCACCGUUUAAUCGAAUGCCGUUCGAUGGCAGCCGACCACCUUUCGAUGGACCACGGCCACCGUUCGACGGACCUAGACCGCCCUUCGAUGGUCCGAGACCAUUCGACGGACCGAGGCCUCCAUUUGAUGGCCCAAGGCCACCGUUUGAUGGCCCAAGACCACCGUUUGAUGGGCCGCGUCCGCCUUUCGAUGGACCGAGGCCGCCUUUUGAUGGACCGCGACCACCGUUCGACGGACCUAGACCGCCUUUCGAUGGGCCCAGACCACCAUUUGAUGGACCCGGACCUCGACCUCCGUUUGAUGGUCCGAGACAGUUUGACGGGUUUGAUGGAGAUAGGUCCUUUGACGGACCAAGAUUUGAUGGCCCGCCUGAAUUUUUCGACAGAGGAAAUAGAAGAUUCGAUGAUAGAGAACAGUACAAUGACAGAGGUUGGAACGGAGAUAGGGAGAGGGACUGGGACAGAAGAAACGAGUGGGAUGACAGGAGAAGAGACCGUAGAGGGGGCAGAGAUCAUGAGGACAGGUAUAAUAGAGACCGAAAUGACAGAAGAAGAACAUUCGAUGACAGAUCUAGACCACCUAGAGAAGAACAACCUAGAGAACCUAGGGAAGACCAACCCAGAGAAGACCAACCUAGAGAACCUAAAGAAAAUAAUCCUAGAGAACCUAGAGAAGAUCAGCCUAGAGAACAGCAAACUAGGGAACCUAAAGAACACAAAGAGAAAAGAGAAAGGAGAGAUAAAGAUAGGAAAUCCAGGUGGGGGGCUGCAGACGAGAGUCAAGUCGAAAGAAAACCAGAAGAGCCAUGUGCUACUGAUAUUAUCCAAAGUGAAAACAACGAAGCUACCCAUCUAUUGAAUCCUAGUCAAGACGAACCAAGUGCACAAGAGAGCUUCGUUGGUGAAGAGAUAAAUGAAGCUCAAGCAUCUGUCGCAGAUGACACAAGCAACGAACAUGAACCUAUAAUUAACGAGCAGGAAGAUGAACCAAACUACACCGAACCUAAUGAACAUAGUUGCGAAUCGAACGAACCAGCCGAAGCAAUGGAAACUGAUCAGGGUCCGAUGGAUUUGUACGACGCGAACGAAACGGUGGAUACAAGCUUCGCUGUAGCACCACCAGCACAUGUGGUGCUGGAAACAGACAACACCUUGGAUCUUGUAGAGGAGACAUUGAGAUCUGACGACAUAUUCAGCCAAGAGCCAGAACCUAAGGAAGACCCUGCAGAGGGUCCCCUAGAAACCCCUAAUGAAAGCAAAGAGGGACUGGCUUGACAUAGGAGAAAAUGGCAGACUGGAUAUUUCCAAUGGAAAUGAUUCGGGUGACGCGGGCAGGCUGUUGCCCGCGGAUGGGGAGAGAAGACAGUGCGCGACGUUUGCCUGCAAUUUACUUUGUGACGAAGCAAAUUAUGUCCGUUUCACGAACUGUGAGCACUGUGACUUACAUAUUAAAGCUUGGUCUAAUUAAAUAAGGCAAACAAUUUCAGACCAACUAUUUUAGGUUCCUCAUAUAAAACUCGGCAAAUAAUUAUUUUAAACAGAGGUAUAAUCAAAGUUUAGCUAUUUAGUUACAGUAAUACUAAUAUAAAGUUCUUUUUGACGUUAAAUGAAAGAGUUAGUUUGAUAUGAUACAAUAAGGUUAGAUGUUUGGUAAAAUUAGAUUAUUGACACCUUUAGGUGCUCAACUCAAUUGCAAAGUUUUUUUAGACAGUUCAAAAUAAAAAUAACAACUUCCGUUAUUUUUGUUUAUUGGCUUUGGGCUUUUAGAAAGCUAUAUAAGAGCGAAAAUUUUACUUCUCAUUCUGAAAUACAAAGAACUGUUAUCCUGAAUCCGUAAAAUUGAUUAAUUGAUCGGAGGCUUGGAUCGGGAUUUUUAAUUUUCAUAGUAAAUUUAAGAUAAAAAGUAUUCUUAGUUAAUCGAGUUGGUUCGCUCACUUAAUUUCACACAUUUAUAGGAAUUGUCUGAAACACUGCCAGUUAAACCGAUGUCGUUCGAUAUCGAACAUAGUCAAUUGAAUUUCUAGGAACCGGUACAACACGUGUCGUUUAAAACAUGUCACAUGCCUCGCCAGUCGUGAAACGGUAUAUAGAGCUACGGGACGCACGCCGCCGUUAUAACGCCAAAGAUUAAUUUUAUAUGCAAAAGUUGAAAUAUACGAGUGCCUUACUGGAGUAGCUUGGUGUUUUGUUUGCCGGCCAGCCGGUUAAGGGCUAAAGCGCUAGAAGGCGUCUACGAAACCGGCGGCGACGAAGAGGAACGCGCCUCGGCGCUCAAGUGGAGCGACCGGGGCCAGGUACGGUGUACGCGCGUCUAGAACAAUUGCACGCAACUGUAUCCGCUAAUGUAUCACAUUUUACGUCCACUCGCAUUCCAGUCUAUCGUUAAAAACAAAUGUAUCUAAAGACUUCCAGCUCGUAGAACUGAGUUCUAAGUGUGAGAUUGUCUACCUAUGUUUUCUUAUUAGAUCAUUGAAAGUUAACUACGAUUUAUAUGGAAUCGGAACAGCGCCAUCUAGCGACAGUAAUAUUUACCAGUAGUUUAACUAGAUGGCGUUUACUUUUAUAAACAAACGAUACAAAUAUCAUAUUAUUUAAAAUGUGACAAAUCUUAAUCCUUAGAACCUGUGUAACUAAAACUGCCACUACAGAUAAUAGAUUGAAAAUACAAAACUCACAUUAAGUUCAGAUUGACCUGUUACAUAAAAAAAAUGUGAUGCAUUAGCUUAUAUUUGUUGGUCUCAUUUUCUGAUGUUUGAUGUUAUUUUUAUUCAUAAAAUACAGAAACGAGGCGGGGAAAAUGUUGCAAUAUUUUAAUUCUUUAUAAAAUGAACAAAUUAUUUCGUAUUUUAAAUGUUAACAAGUACUUAUUUAUACAGUGUACUUAUAAUAUAUAUAUUGUAACAUUUUUUCAAGAAUAUAAAUUAAAUUUGGCACAGUUGUACUCGGCGGGCGUCUACUUUUUAUAUUAAAAUCAUCAUGUCGGAAUCGGAUCACAAUGUAUAAUACUAAUGUAUAACUAAUGUAUACUUCAGAAAUUGUUGUAAUCAACUUGCGAAAUAAAUUAUAUAAUAUUCUAUUCCGACAUGCAUUAAUAUCGCUAGCAAUGCGUGCAAAAGGCCUCAACAGUCGCUCGCGUCACCCUAAUCAACUGGAACCUUCUGGAACAUCGUAUCGAACAAAGAAGAAGAAAUCAAGAUAAUGGAUAACCUAGAGUUAACAAUCUCUAAGCGAAGAUAAAUCGUAACACUUCGUAGUUAAUCUUGUAUUUUUAUUAACUGUGAAGUAGUAAUAUUUCAAAAUUGUAACAUCUAUCUACUAUUUGUUCAAAUUGGCAUUUUUAUCUUAGUUAAUUUCAUUUAAUUGUUAUAUCAAACUAUUGAUAUUUUAUUCUUUUAAUCACAUUUUAGUUAUCAUUUGUUUUAUUCGGUGAAGGUGUAGGCCACAUAUAGGAUAUAGUUUUUCUCUAACUAAUUAAAUCUUGCAUAGACUAGUAAAUAACAGCAAUAAAAAUAAUUAAUGGAAUACAAAAUAUUAUCUUAUAAUAAUAUAAAAUUUUCAAGAAUUCUCUAGUUUAGGAGUGUUUAUAUAAAUAUUUUACUUUUGGACAAUUAAUUGGGAUUGUCGCACAUUUAACUGUCUAAUAAUAAAAAGUAUAUUUAAGGGGGGUGUAGACAUUUAGGUUAUACGGAAUCACAUCAAUAUAAUUAGUUCAUUAUAUAGAUUUGCAGAGAAAUUGCAUGCUUAAUUGUUUGUCAUACUUGUGCUUAAAUAAAAAAAAAAUUCGACGCAGA